GGGACUCAAACUUCAUUACCCAGGGCGCAGAUCGAAAUCGGACAAACAAACAGUCCAGAGCCCUAGACAUAUUGCUGCGCCUGCCAAACCCCGCUUGCGACAAAUAGAGCUAUAUAUAUUUUUAAUUUUAUCUGAACUGAAACAUGUCGAUGCCGAACACAGGUUUGAAAGCCAAGAACUACAGGCUGCAGUCUGUACAGAGGACUUUGAAAAUGCAUGCUAAAGCCAAAAACCAAAUGGUCUUGGGAAAAACCGCCUUCUCCACUUCCACCGAAACGGUGGGGGUUGCUAACCUGAGAGGGCAGAAGCUCGAUACCUCGGGCAAGCGCCAAUGCCCCCCAAGGAAGCAUCCUGAAAGGAAGUCGAGGGAGGAGCGGACCAUCGAGAAGUUCCGCAACAUCGACUUCUUCGGACAGCGCGACUCGAACAACAUCCUGACCAUCCAGAACCUGGAGUUCCCGGACGCCAACGUGAAGCGCACCGAGCUCCACAAGCGCGACGAGUGCGGCAGGAGCGUGGUACGCCUCCGGGGUCGCGACUUCGCGACCUCGAGCAACUCCCAUUUCAGGGAUGGCGUCCAGACGGUCAAGAUCCGCCGGUCCCCGUGCUCCUCCACCACCACCGCGCAGAAGCCGCAGGUCGAGCACGGAGUGAAGAGCGAGCGGGCCUGGAACUCCUCCAACGGCGAGCCCGACUCUGAGGAGUUGGUGGACUCAAUGCACGCCCCCUCCACGCGGCCGCCCAACUUCCAGGGCGAGGAGUGGCGGCGCCCGUGCCCGGCCAGCUUCGUUGCCGGGGCUCCGCGGCCGCGCAUCGGGCGCUGCCCCAAGAACUACGAGCAGCUGGCCAAGCUGACGCCCGCGCGGCAGAAGUUCUUCCUCACGCAGGACCCGCGCAAGUCGCACUGCCUGGUCAACCCAGUGGCCCUGCGCCACAAACCGCUCACCAAGCAGCAGGAGUUCAGCCUGAUCAGCCGGCUGGUCAAGCACGGCGACAAUCUGUGUGCCAGCACCGGGUCGGAGACCUCCGAGACGCACAUCUGCGAGGUGAUCGACCUGCAGAACCCGCUGCGACUGGACUUCCACGGCAUGGACUACAAGACCACCUACGAGCAGGACGAGAUCGAGCAGCAGAACGCACUCACCUUCUGGCGCGUCCAGCGCUACAUGGCGCGCCGCAAGACCAAAAAGAACACCAAGGUCAACGUGGAGGCCGAGCUUAAGGCGGAGCGGCUGGCGGUGCCGCAGCGCUACAACACCACGAUCAAGGACACGCCCGUCGAGGAGCCGUCGCCGCCGCGGUCGCCGCGCCUGGUCCAUCUGUACCGCAGCCCGGACAAGCCGGCCAACAAGCUGAAGAUCGAGGAGGAGCGGAGGCGGCGGGCCGCCCGCUACAAGGACAUCUACCUGCGGAAAAAGCAGCGCGAGGAGGAGCAGCUGCAGAAGGACCGCCUGCAGGAGGCGGCCGUCAAGGAGAUCGAAGGACGGACCGUGGCCGAGGAGGACCUGCGCGCCGACGUCGCGGUCAUCGACGACGCCAUCGAGCGCAGCUUCCGCAAGCACGAGGAGCUCAAGCCCGUCAUCCGGAAGCGAAAGGUCUUCCCCAAGACGCUCACCGAGACGGAGAGGCUGAAGGCGGUCAUGCACCGCGAGAACUGCGUCCGCCGGGACCAGGCCCGCGUCACCCAACAGUUCUUCCUGGAGCGCACCGGCAAGCUGAAGAACCUCCCCGACGCGGAGCAGCAGCUGCGCUGUGAGGAGAGCAUCCAGGGCAGCGUGGGGGACACUCCCAGCGAGCAGAGCAGCGACGACGAGGACUACCUGCAGGUGGGCAAGAUCGGCGACAAGUUCCAGCUCAGGGGCUUCCACUUCAAGCACGGCGACGGGCUGCGGGGCAAGCUGCACCGCCACCAGAUCAUGCAGGGUCAGCGCACAGUGAAGGGAUGCCUCACGCGGGAGGAGUGGCUCAACCAGCUGGUGCCGCACAAGGAGCCCAUCAAGCUGGACGUGGAGCGCGGCAUCAUCAAGGUUCUAGACCCGGAUGACCCGAACUUGGACCUCUUCCCCCCCGAGCCGUUGCUCGUGAGAAGACGCGAGCGCCAGAGCGCAGUGAAGGAGUUCGUAAAUCAGCGGCUUGGACUGCACUACCACCGACGCCUUCGCAAGAAUCUGAAAAUUGUCAAGCCGAAGCCGUCGUACAACGUGAAGAAGUUCAACCUCAUCCGCUACGUGUUCCCCGAGAAAGUGCUCGUCCCUGACGACCGCGUGCCGGUGGAGGAGAUGGAGGUGCUCGACGCCACCAAGGUGAACACCACCCUGGAGUACCUCAACCUCAAGCAGCAGCUGGCCAAGUCGAAGCGCCAGAAGAAGAAGCUGGCGCGCAUGCAGCUGCUCGGCCUGCCCUGCAUCGAGAAGCAGCAGCUGCGGGCGGCCGAUCCGUGUCUGGAGGUCGAGGAGGAGCUGGACGUCGACUGGGUGCCGACAGCUGAGCCGCCCUACAACGAGGCCGGAGGGGGCGAGGCCGAAGAGCACGAGCGCCAGGAGGGCGGCUGCGACCGACGACAACGGGGUGCGGCACUGGGAGCUCCAGCCUCCACCCACUCGAAGAAGCCAAGCCCCGCCCAGGCUGGGACCCCUUGCCGCGCCACUUCCGGCCAGGAGGGCAUCGAGCGGACGCAACCCGCCCGGUGGCGGGGAAACAUGCCAGCCCCCAAGGAGAGGGAGAAGACCCUGACGAUCCACCCGCGAAGGAGGCGCGACUACGCCGCGGAGCGUAUUCCGUCGGCGAUCUUCAAGGAGGUGCUGCAGCACUCGACGCUGCCACUGCUAGAACAGCCUGAGCCGGAGAAGCUCCGCUUCGCCAACGUGAGGACCAAAAAGCGCCCGUACACCGAGAUCUUCGAGGCCAGGCACCACCACGACCAUUGGGCCCCGACGCAGGUGAAGGACGUGCACGUGCAGUACCAGCCCAAGACCGUGGUGCCCGAGAUCACGAAGGUGGCCAAGAAGGUGCGCGAGCCGGUGGCGAAGUUCGAGCGGGCCAACCCGCCCAGCAGCAAGUACGUGGACAAGGACCUGACGAUGCCCAGCUACGACUUUGAAGCGAUGAUCGCCGAGCACCUGGCCGCCACCCGCACGGACAGCAAGGAGGCCGCCGGCGAGAGGGUGCCGGACCUCUGCCGGCCGUACGACUUCGUCUUUCACUCGCGGGACCCCGAGGAGCUGGCCAAGCUGGACUUUCCGGGCCGGAAGCAAUACCUAGAGCUGCUGCGCGAGACGCGCGAGGCCAUCUACGAGACCAAGGACAUCGAGCCGGGCGAGGAGCGCCUGCUGGUGGACCGCCGCGCUGUGGUCGCUGAGCUCGAGGAGGACCUCAAGAGCAUCGAGAACUGCCUCAGCUCGCUGAGUAGCUCCAACUGCACGGACCUCUCAAACGACAGCGGCAGCUACAUGGUGAUCGAGGACCGGACUAAGCUGCCGCUCGACUACAUCCGCAAGCCGCUGGUGCCAUUCGAGGAGAUGCGGCGUGCGCGCUUUCACGCGGCGGUCAUCGACGUGAACGCCGAGGACGAAGACCCCUACCGCAUGCUGCCCUUUUCGGGGCAGCACAAGGAGCAGGCCGACAUGCUGGGGCCCAAGGACACCUUCUUCACCUUCAGCACCCGGCUGCGGAACAGCCUGCGGCUUCGGCUGGAGGUCCCGGUGCCGGACGUCCGCCAAACGCUUCUCGGGCCGGGGAACCGCAAGUACUACGGGGCGGUGAUCACCGACCUCGACGAGAACUACAUUGAGGAGCUGAAGAGCCGCGCCACCAUCAAGUCGUUCAAGUUUAAGACCAGCAUUCAGCUGCUAAAGGACGCCAUGCGGCUCAAGUACGAGUCCCUGCUGAUCCAGGGCCAGAUGGUGCGCACCAAGAUCUACGACCGCAUGAACGAGCGGCACUGGGUGGACAUGAAGAACACCAAGAACCUAUACGAGGCCCUCUUUGCCAAAUGGAAGAAGAAGGAGUACAACGCGGCCAUGAUGAUGGUCUACCAGGUGAAGUCCUACUACGAGACCACGGACAAGCUCAAGCAGGAGUUCCGCGACCUGGAGCGGGAGCUGAUGAUGCUCAACAUGGACAUCGUGUUCAUCGAGGGCCACUGGAUCCGUUGCAUCAUGCUGCAGAACUUCCAUUACCUCAUGGGCGACCAGGACUGGCGGGCGGAGAACGACUGGAUCCACCUGGUUCCCAAGGGCGGCCGUCACGAAAGUUACGAGGGCGAGGCCGCUGGGGAGCAGGCUGCGGAUACGCCGGAGGAUGGGAGCGGGGAGCAGGCGGAGAACGAGGAAAAGGAAAAGGACGAGAAGCAGCUGGAGGCCGAGCUUGAGCCGUACGACGUUUCGAUAGCGAGGCGAGGCAUCGUCAACAUCCGGGUGCGCGACAAGGACGACGCCUGGGCCAUCCGCGCCUUCUACUACGACGUCUACAUGCAGAAGGUCCACCCGAUCCUGCAGGUCUUCCCCGACGCAGAGUCCUUCCUGCAGGGCAUCGACAACCUGAAGAACAAGACGUUCAUGCUGCUCCUGGAGAUGCACUUCACCCUUUCCGUGCACACCGAGCUGCAGGGCCGCCUGGAGACCUUCGUCGACUGGUGCACUAAGGACCUCAGGGAGAAGCAGGAGUACGUGGCCCGCAAGUCGGCGAAGAAGUUCUUCAUGGAGGACCGCGCCUUGGAGAUGGAGCACCGGGUCCACCAGUACCUCGGGCGGCCCAUCGAGGAGACGAUCGCUGACGAGGACUUCAACAAGCAUCGCGCCGUGCUGGCCGAGGUGUGGCGCCGCGUAGUGCCGGACUCGGUUCGAGGGACCAGCGACGUGCUUCCCAGCACGGCCGACAUGGUGGCCGCCGUCAGCGACGUCGUCAUGGAGAUCCUGGCCAAGUUCGAGCACAUGGACAUCGAGAAGGUGCGCUCCGUGGAGGCCACGUUGCGCAAGCGUCGCCGCUACCGAGAAAAGCUCUCCGCCCAGGCCUACCAGGUGGAGCGCCGCAUCGACAUGGAGAUGAAGAAGGUGCGCCGCAACCUGGAGCCGCCCUUCAAGAAGCCAAAGCGGGAGGGCCGUCUUCCCAGGCUCUUCCUCAAGAAGAGGGUCGUUCCGGAGAAGAAGGAGGUGCUCGUGAUCUCCGAGAACACGAAGAACUUCGUGCGCGCCUUCCGGGAGGACGGCUACACCGGCGACCAGAUCACCCAUACCUCCCUGCUAACCGUCGACAACAUGCAGGAGCAGAUCGUGCCCUUCUACUUCGACCACUUCCUCAAGAUCAACGGCUACACACCCAACUACAACUUCAGGACCAACGUGGACUUGCGCGACGGCCCCGAGUUCAACCGCCUGAAGGUGCGCGAGGUCCUUCCAGAUGUCCUGGCCAGACUGGAAAAUUGGGAGAUGAUGCACAAGAAGAUAAUGGAGGAAAACAUCCAGAGAAAUCCAAAGAUGUACGAGAACGUCAUCUAGAGUAGCGGUUGGGAUCGUAUCGUCUUCCAUUCGGUUUAAAAGGUUAAAUUUUAAGUUCAACAUAUUCCCAAAAUCGGUGGACGAGCGUCAUCUAUUUCAUCGGAAAACUGUUUUCGUUCAAGUGCUCUGGGCUACAGUUAUAUAAAACAAAAUCAGGAUAUUGAAACCUACAUUCAAAACAUUAUUUCACAGCUUUAAAAAUAUGGGGAAACGAAGUUA